AUGCACGACGCCCACGAUGCCCACGCCGGCAUCAAGUACCCCAUGAGGCCGCACCACCAGGCCCAUCUGUCGGGCACCCGCUCGUCGGGCCUGUACUCGCCCGGGGACCAGCCGCAGCACCAGCUCCAGCACCAGCUGCCGCCUCAGCAGCAGCAGCAGCAGCAACACCAGCAGCAGCCGUCGUCCGCCGCCCAGCGAUACUCGCCCAUGGACACGCUGUCGCCCACGUCGCCCUACGCAAAGGCCUACACCAGCUCGCCCUCGCAGCAGACGCCGCCCAACGCCGAGUACUCGAGCCCGUACUUUGUCGGCCGCCAGCCCCAGCUGCCCCCCAUCGCCACGUACUCCCACGACGGCUACCCCUCGUCUGCCGUCGCCACGCUCGACGGCUACAGCGACUCCAAGGCCCCCCGCCGCCAGAAUCCCCCAAUGAUGAAGACGGUGCCCGAGUUCAAGAAGAUCAAGUCGCCCAGCGAGCUGCAGCCCAAGAACACGAGGCAGCCGCGCUUUAGGCGCGCAAAUCCAGAGGGUGGCUUCAUAAGUCCCCUCCAAGCUCUGACGCUGCAUCUGCCAGCCACGUAUCGCAUCUGCAACCCGAGCUUCAAGUACGAGUCGUCGCGCAAUCCUCGCCGAGUCCUGACCAAGCCCAGCAAGGGCACCAAGAACGAUGGCUACGACAACGAAGACAGCGAUUACAUUCUCUACGUCAACGAUAUUUUGGGCUCUGAGGAAGCCGGCCACAAGAACCGCUACCUCAUCCUCGACGUGCUGGGACAGGGAACGUUUGGUCAAGUCGUCAAAUGCCAGAAUCUCAAGACGCAGGAGGUCGUGGCCGUCAAGGUCAUUAAAAACCGCACGGCCUACUUCAAUCAGAGUAUGAUGGAGGUAUCCGUGCUUGACUUGCUCAACACGAAGCUCGACAAAAACGACGACCACCACCUUCUCCGACUGAAAGACACCUUUAUCCAUCGACAGCAUCUUUGUCUCGUCUUCGAACUGCUCAGCGUCAAUCUGUACGAGCUGAUCAAGCAGAACCAAUUCCGCGGCCUCAGCACCACCCUGGUCCGCGUCUUUGCCCAGCAGCUUCUCAAUGGCCUGGCCCUCCUCAACAAAGCUCGCCUGAUCCACUGCGAUUUGAAGCCGGAAAACAUUCUGCUCAAGAACCUCGAGAGUCCAAUCAUCAAGAUUAUCGAUUUCGGUUCGGCAUGCGACGAGCGACAGACGGUCUACACCUACAUCCAGUCCCGGUUCUAUCGAUCCCCCGAGGUCUUGCUGGGCUUGCCUUACUCAUCCGCCAUCGACAUGUGGUCGCUGGGCUGCAUCGUGGUCGAGCUGUUCCUGGGACUGCCGCUCUUCCCCGGAUCGUCAGAGUACAACCAGAUUGCUAGAAUCGUCGAGAUGCUCGGCAACCCCCCCAACUGGAUGAUUGACAUGGGCAAGCAGGGCCUCGAGUUCUUCGAGAGGAGGCAGGACGAGUUUGGCAGGCGGACAUAUCACUUGAAGAGCAUGGAGCAGUAUUCGCGGGAACACAACACCAAGGAGCAGCCCAGCAAGAAGUAUUUCCAGGCCAACACGCUGCCCGAGAUCAUCAAGUCGUAUCCGAUGCCGCGGAAGAAUAUGAAGCAGAGUGAAAUCGAUCGAGAGAUGAACAAUCGCAUUGCCUUUAUCGACUUCGUGAGAGGCUUGCUUAACAUCAACCCUCUCGAGCGCUGGUCUCCCCAGCAAGCAAAGCUUCAUCCCUUCAUCACGCAGCAAAAGUUCCAGGGUCCCUUUGUUCCGCCAAUGAACCUCAAGUCGAGCUCCCUCAACCGAUCACCGGCUCCCGGCACGCAGCAGCAACAGCAGGCCGAGGCACUGAGCAAACAACGGGCCGCGCAGGCGCAAGCGCAGGCUGCACAAGCACAGGCCCAGGCACAAGCCCAAGCCCAAGCCCAAGCUCAGGCACAAGCACAAGCACAGGCUCAAGCUCAGGCGCAGGCGCAGGCGCAAGCGCAAUACGGAUCGCCCAUGGGCGGAGGCCAGUACCAAUCUUCCAGCCAUGUGCCGGCCCCUCUGUACUCCAACAGCGCCGUCUACAAUCCCGCCUCUGCUCAUGGGAACGUGCAGCCCCAGUACGGGCCGCCCCAGUCCAGCCAGUACGGUCAGAUGGCUAUGUCGCAGCAGCCUCAGCAGCUCCCAUCGUCACAAUACUCCAAUUCUUCGCAGCCCAACAUGUACCAGCAAGGCGGCAUGAGGACCAACAGGCAGCGGGCUUCGACCAUGGAGCAGCAGCAAAGCGGUAUCCCUCCGGCCCUGCAGCGAGUCGCCAGCCACCUAGACCCGAGCCAGCCGAUUCGACUGCAGCCCAGCCCAGCAUACUAUCCACCAACCGGCGAGGGAUUGGACAAUGCGGCUAGCCGCGGUGCUGGAAGGCGAGGUAGCCGUCAACAGGGAGCCCGCAGCAACCGGGAUUUUAUUCGCAACCUAGAAGAGCGGACUCUGGAAGAAGGCUUCAUGGGCAACCAGAAUCCGUGGCAUUGA